AUGACCUUUAACGUUGAUGCCGUACUGGCCAAACUGAAACAAAAUGACAAAAUCGCGCUCUUGUCCGGAACUGACUUCUGGCACACGCAACCCAUCCCUGAGCACAACAUCCCCUCCAUCAGAGUCACCGACGGCCCCAACGGCAUCCGAGGCACCAAGUUCUUCGCAGGCAUACCAGCCGCAUGCAUUCCCUGCGGUACAGCUCUAGGCGCAACAUGGGACAAAUCCUUAAUUCGACAAGCCGGUAACUUAAUCGGCCAAGAAUGCCUCGCAAAGGGAGCGCAUUGCUGGCUAGGACCAACCGUCAACAUACAGCGCUCUCCUCUCGGUGGUCGCGGGUUUGAGUCCUUUGCUGAAGAUCCGCAUCUGUCUGGUAAGUUGGCUGCAGCGAUGAUUGUUGGUUGUGAGCAAGACGGAUCAGGCGUAAUAUCGACCGUCAAACAUUUUGUGGGUAAUGAUCAGGAACACGAGAGACGGGCAGUGGACUGUUUGAUUACUCCACGUGCACUCAGGGAAGUGUAUUUACGGCCGUUCCAGAUUGUUGCACGAGAUGCGAAACCGGGAGCGUUGAUGACUUCCUAUAAUAAAAUCAAUGGGAAGCAUGUUGCAGAUAGCUUGGAACUGUUGGAGGGUAUAGUGAGAAAGGAAUGGCAAUGGCUACCGCUUAUUAUGAGCGACUGGUACGGAACAUACACGACAAUAGACGCCAUGGUAGCAGGACUUGAUCUUGAGAUGCCUGGUGUAUCGAGAUAUCGUGGAAAAUAUAUUGACUCUGCGGUUCAAGCACGUCUCAUCAAGCAGUCUGUAAUUGAUACGCGGUCUCACAACGUACUAAACUUCGUGAAGAGAGCCAGCCAGGCUAAAGUGUCUCAUGUUGAGAAAGGCCGUGAUUAUCCAGAGGACCGAAAGAUCAACCGAAUAUUGUGCUCUAACAGUAUUGUGCUACUCAAAAAUGAGGAGAAUAACCUACCUUUGCCAAAGACUAUCAGAAAGAUAGCCCUAAUCGGCUCCCAUAUGAAGCACCCCCAAAUCUGUGGUGGAGGAAGUGCAGCUCUUCUUCCGUAUUACUCAGUUUCCCUGUACGAUGCCAUUACCGAAGUUCUUCCCAAAUAUGCCGAAAUCACAUACGAAGUUGGAGCCUACGCACACAACAUGUUGCCAGUCAUCGACCGCAUGUUGAGCGGCGCCGUUAUGCAUUUCUACAACGAUCCUCCUAGUAUAACAGGCAGAAAACUGCUGGGCACAGAACCUGUCACUAGCACAGCCUUUCAGCUUAUGGAUUACAACAAUAUUCCAGAACUAGAUCGCUCCUUAUUCUGGACAUCGUUGGCCGGAGACUUUACACCCGACGUCUCAGGUACAUGGGACUUUGGCUUAAGUGUCUUUGGGACCGCAAACCUUUACAUUGACGACGAGCUGGUUAUCGACAAUACAUCUAAGCAAACUCGCGGGACCACAUUCUUUGGUAAGGGUACAGUACAAGAGACCGGCUCAAAAGAGCUUGUCAAAGAUCGAAAAUAUAAGCUGCGCAUUGAGUUUGGCUCUGCUAAUACCACAACCAUGGAAACAAUCGGUAUGGUUAAUUUUGGCGGUGGAGCCGCACAUCUUGGUGCCUGUCUGCGCAUGGACGCGAAGCAAAUGAUUGAGGACGCCGUGCAAGCCGCUGCCACUUCUGACUAUACAAUCAUCUGCACCGGCCUUAGCGGAGAAUGGGAAUCAGAGGGCUUCGAUCGACCGCACAUGGAUCUUCCGCCGGGAGUCGACAAAAUGAUCAAAAGGGUGAUCGCUGCGACUCGAGGUAGAGCAAUCAUCGUCAACCAAUCUGGUACGCCAGUUACUAUGCCAUGGGCUAAUGAAGCAUCAUGCAUCGUCCAAGCGUGGUAUGGUGGAAACGAGACCGGCCAUGGAAUUGCAGAUGUUUUGUUUGGCGACGUUAACCCUUGCGCAAAACUUCCACUCUCGUGGCCGGUACAUGUUAACCAUAAUCCGGCUUAUUUGAGUUUUGCGAGCGUUGGGGGUAGGGUACUUUAUAGCGAAGAUGUUUAUGUUGGAUAUAAGUUCUAUGAAGCGACCGGGAGGGAGGUGUUAUUUCCAUUCGGUCAUGGCCUCUCUUACACCACAUUCGAACUCACAUCGCCAACUAUUACAAUAACACCAGAAACAUAUGACCCGGAACACCUCAGCGUCGUGGAGCUUUGCCUCAAAAAUACCGGCCAACGUGCCGGUGCACAAAUCUUACAACUUUACAUAUCGGCACCCAACUCGCCUACACCGCGGCCAAUCAAGGAACUACACGGAUUCGAAAAGGUCUUCUUUGAGCCAGGACAACAGAAGACGGUAAGCAUUACAGUUGAUAAAUAUGCUACCAGCUUCUGGGAUGAGAUUGAGAGCGCUAUCGAGCGUCAGCAGAAGGUCCUCGAUGAGUUAGUAGCUCAGAAAACAGAUAGAGGACGGAAUGAGGUACAGCAUUUGCAUACAACACUUGAAGACGCUGAUCUGGAGACAAUCUCGAGAAAUGACACCCCGAAAACACAUAUCACCGGAUCAGAUAUGAUUCUCAGCUGGCCCAUUUUCCCGAAAAAUAAGCCAGUUCACACAUUUCCAGCAUAUGCAUAUGCGGAAAAGGAGAAGAAUAUUGAUCACUGUCAACACACCAUGGUUCCCGGCUUGAUUGGCUACGACAGCUCUCAACGCCGACGCAUUUUAGAAUUGAGGGAUAUCUACAUGAGAAAAAUUCAAAUCAAGAACCCCAUUGUCGACGCAUGUGAAUUAGAUAACCAUCUCAUCAAGGUCCUGGAAAAGGGGUUUGACUGGAGUGCGUCGUCGUGCUUGGUGUUGCUGGUACUGUCGCUAGCUGCUAUAUGGGGUGAUUAUCCGCAUAAUGAUCGGAGGACGAACGUUGAUUGCAUUGCAUCGCAUGACGGAUUUAAACAGGCGGGGUUUGUGACGAAUUCGGUUCCGAGACAUCGGAUGAGAGAGUCAUGGGGUUAUUUCUCGAUGGCAAGAGAGCGAAUAUCGACGGCGCUAUUGGAUGACUCGUUACUGGGAGUUGCAAUGUGGUAUCAGUAUAAUAUCGAGCCAAUCCCCGGUUGGAAGAUGUUUCGCACCGCGUCGAUGUUAUGGGAGGCUUAUAACUUGAAACACCGAGAUGGAACGACGGAGAGAUCUAAACAGGAACAAAGCCUUGAGCAGAGAUUAUAUUGGACAUGUCUCAAAUCCGAAUGUGAAGUACGCUACGAAUUGACCGAUCUUCCAUCAUGUACGCUGUACAAAUCGGAUUUUCCGUUCUCUCUUCCAACAUUUUCGACCUCUUCAAAUCUGCGUACCUCAUCAUCGACAGUGAGCAGUGGUCAUGAACAGCCCAUCGAAGACUCACCCUCGUAUUACUACUACCUCGCCGAAAUCUCUCUCCGCAGACUCCUCAACCGCGCACGAAACGCGGUCGUAACCCUGAACCCCGAUAUCGACUUCACCGCCGCAUCAAUCCUCGCUGAAACAUUAUGCAAACUUGACUGUCAGCUUGAACAGUGGCUUGAGUAUCUCCCACCAGUUCUCCGAUUCAACAGACCACCUGAAUGUCUUCCGCUACCUAAUGAGCCUGAACUUGUCAAGCUCGUGCGUGAGCGUUACGUCGAAGUGCGCGAACUUCUUUGCCGCGCUCAUCUCUACCUUUGUCUUCACUGCGGCACUACCCUCAGCCAUGAACAAGCUCGCGUAUACGGCGCAAAGGCUAGUGAAGGACUAGCUUUAUCCGUCUAUCGCAUUCAGACCGAAAAUCCAUUUUUUCGACACCCGGGAUCCUGGGGAGCAUGUCGCGUAAGAUUCAAUCAUUCAUUAUGCUUGAUUGCUGCUUUUAGAGGGAAAGUCAAUGGGGUAUCUUCGGCAGAGUAUGUAGUCGUACCCCCCACUUGGGCGGAUAGUGUGAGGGUUGUUAUUGAGAGGUUGGACGUGUGGAGCGAAGAGGGGGGUGGGAUCAGGGAGUUGGCUAGGUUGUUGAGAUGGUUGAUGAAGGACGUUCCUUAG